GGCGUGGCGGAGCGCGAGCGGCUGGGCGCGCGCGCUCCGCCCCGCUCUCACUUCGCUCAGCGCCUCGGAGGAAGGCAGACGGAACCGCGCGGGGACACCUGAGACCUCCACACACUGCUAUGACAUCACGCAGGUGGUUCCAUCCCAACAUCAUCGGCGUCGAGGCAGAGCAGCUCCUGUUGACCCGCGGCGUCCACGGCAGUUUCCUGGCCCGGCCCAGCAAGAGCAACCCGGGGGAUUUCACCCUGUCUGUGAGACGUAGUGAUGAGGUGACCCACAUCAAGAUCCAGAACUCGGGAGACUACUAUGACCUGUACGGAGGGGAGAAGUUCGCCACGCUGGCCGAGCUGGUGCAGUAUUACACCGAGCAGCAGGACCUCCUGCGUGAGAGGAACGGCCACGUCAUCGAGCUGAAGUACCCCCUCAACUGCAAAGACCCCACCUCCGAGAGGUGGUACCAUGGCCACCUCUCAGGGAAAGAGGCGGAGAAGAUGCUGACAGACAAAGGCAAAGCCGGCAGCUUUUUGGUACGAGAGAGUCAGAGUAAACCCGGAGACUUUGUCCUCUCGGUUCUCACCAACGAGGAGAAGCACGAGAACGUGGACCGGAAGACCAAAGUGACCCACGUCAUGAUCCGAUUCCAGGACGGAAAGUAUGAUGUAGGUGGGGGGGAGAAGUUCGACACCCUCACUGACCUGGUGGAGCACUACAAGAAGAACCCCAUGGUGGAGAAGAGUGGCAUUGUAGUGCACCUCAAACAGCCCUUUAAUGCCACGAGGAUUAAUGCAGCCAACAUUGAGAACCGGGUACGAGAACUCAACAAAGUGGCAGACAACACAGAGAAGCCCAAACAAGGAUUUUGGGAAGAAUUUGAGGUACUUCAGCAGCAGGAGUGCAAACUGCUGUAUCCCCGGAAAGAAGGCCAGAAGCCAGAGAACAAGAGUAAAAACAGAUACAAGAACAUCCUGCCCUUCGACACAACGAGAGUCGUGAUUAGAGACGCCGAUCCAGAGGUCGCUGGUUCCGAUUACAUCAACGCCAACUACAUCAGACAGAGCAUGCUGGAGGACGGGCGCCAUGUGGUGGAGGGCAAAGUCUUCAUCGCCACGCAGGGCUGCCUGCAGAACACGGUGGUGGACUUCUGGAAGAUGGUUCACCAGGAAAACACGCAAGUCAUCGUCAUGACGACGAAAGAGACGGAGAGAGGGAGGAACAAAUGCGCCCGGUACUGGCCGGACCUCCACUGCACCAAGGAGUUCGGGAGGCUGCUGGUGAGGAACGUGGACGAAAGGCCAGCUCAGGACUACAUCCUGAGGAAGCUGGAGGUGACGUGCUCAGACCGGAAGGAGCCUCUGCGGUAUAUUUGGCAUUACCAGUACCUGAGCUGGCCCGACCACGGCGUGCCCAACGAGCCCGGGGGGGUCCUCUGGUUUCUGGAGGAGAUCAACCGCACCCAGAACUCUGUAAAAGAGGCGGGACCCAUCGUUGUCCACUGCAGUGCAGGCAUCGGCAGAACCGGUACCAUCAUUGUCAUCGACAUCCUCAUUGACAUUAUCAGCCGCCAAGGUCUGGACUGUGACAUCGACAUCCCAAAGACCAUCCAGAGGGUCCGGCAGCAGCGAUCCGGCAUGGUGCAGACCGAGGCUCAGUACAAGUUCAUCUACAUGGCGGUGCAGCAGCACAUAGACACGGCCCAGAAGAGGCUGGAGGAGGAGCAGAGGAAUAAGAUGAAGGAGCGAGAAUAUUCCAACAUAAAGUAUCCUCAGAUGACCAACUCCAGGUCCAAACAGAACACGGCGUCUUCACGUUCUUCGUCUGUGAUGACGAACGAGGAUUCUACAGGCGUGUACGAGAACAUCAACUUCAAAAGCCCUCAGGCGUCUUUUAGCAGCAACACCAGGAGGUAAAACCUAGGCGGCGCUUGAAAAGCGGCAGAUGGAGUUGGACGAUCUACUCUGCGCCUCCCUACGGCAGACAUCGGUCUAAGGGGGGUGAGCUGACCCCCCCUCUGAGGAGUCAGCAGCAGCAUACCCCCCCCCAACCGGCAGUGCCUUGUUACAGGACGAGUCUGUUAUCCGGCCUGCCCAACCCUGUUUUACGGCCCUAGCCUCCCUCCCGAGGAUCCUGAUUACCCAGCAGCACGUUUGGGUGAUAUGUAGAAGACAAGCCCCCGUCGUCCCUGCAGGUUGGGACUGGGCUUAUACACCAUCAUGCAACCAAACAUCUUCAUAAUAAAUAAAUAUAUAUAUAUAUAUUUUUAAUCCCAAACCAAAUUCACUUGGUUGAAAAAACAGUUUUCACACAAUUAGUGAUUUAAACUGAACAACCGUGGAAGUUUCUUUACUAAAUGUAGGAAUUCUUACAUUAAAAACUAACUUAGAAAGAUUUUUUUAUUAUUAAAAAUGACCAAAAAAGGAAUUGAUAGAUUGCAUCUGUGAUGAAUUUUCAAUUCUAUGUUGAUUCCUUGUUUUUAAUCCCCGCCCAAAAGCAGACGAGGGGAUUUGUUGCUGUUUAUUUAUGACUUUUAGACUGAACUGAAGGUUUUGGGUUGUUCUGCAUUUUCCUUAAGCUUCCAUUAUUUGUUCGAGGAUAUUGUCUUAAGAAAUUAUGUAUUUUAUGACAUAUAUAUGUAAAAAGUCUGCGUUUGAAGCCAUAUCAAAGUGGGCUCGGGCUGACCGCUCUCUGGCGGCCCGCUUUGACCGGCUGUUCUGGUAAAUCAGCAGGUCCGAUGCGCUUCAACAUCUGUCGGGCGGAGACCAGGAAAAACAACAAAAGGACCAGAUGGCCGUCUGCCCAAGAUUGAAGAGCAGAUUUGUCUCCAAAAAGUAAUUUAGAAGAUGGCGGUAAUCCAGGCCUGCUGAUGGCAGGGCGAGCGCGCUGACGUCACUGAGCCCUGCUGCUGACCCCGCCCCCCUUUAGGUCUAUAUUUAACAUUUACCGUCUCGAGGUUCAUGAAAGUGGAACAGCCGACCCCUUCCACAGGUCCUACCCCCUCACCCUUCACAGGCUCAGUUAUGGCCUGGCCCGCUUUGGUGGGAUCGAACGAUCGGAUCUCCUCAGCUAACCGGUGUCUUACGUCUGUUCUGCAGGCGGUCUGCGCCUGGCUGCACUGAGACAUGAGUGACUAAAUACACCUCAUCCUCUGAUCAUGUUGAAUGUACAGCAACUCAAAGACGCUGUGGGAACACCCGCCCCUUCCAUGAUUUUUUAAAAACACGCGCAGCUCCGGCGCAGCUGGACACACGUCUGACAUGAGUUGUGGUCAUGUCGGCUAAUAAAGUGAUUUCUUUUGGUGGCGUGGAUAAAGGCUGCUGCUCCAAAACGCUGCACUUCUGAGAACUCUGGUUACAAAACGUCAGGAUCACUUUCCGUGUGGAAAUGUAGACCAGUAGAUUCCCCGUGAUGGUCGCCUCGCCGCUGUGUUUGGUGAAAUCCGUACUUGAAAGUGUGAAACUGCUGACCCUUCACCUCAGACUGCGUAUGUUUUCGUUUUUUUUUUUUUAUUCCUUUUCUUGAAAUCUUUGGAUUGUUUGGUGUUUUCUUUGUUCUCACCUUUUGUUAUCCGUGUGAACUCAUGAGCGUGUUCUGUACCUGUGGAGAUGAACGUGUUUGAACUUUUACUUGAACUUGGUGAUGUUCUUCUGCCAGCUCCCCCCCCAAACCUGAAGUAAGUGGUGGUCUUAUGUGGUCCGCUACCUUUUUGCACUGGCUCCACCCAGACGCCUUUCUGCUGUACGGGCUGCAAACUGCUGCAUGUGGCGUUGAAAUCACAUGAAUAAAAACCCCUGAUGGCGUCA